AUGAAACACACCUUCCCCAACUCCAGCCUACCGCAACCAAAUACCACCUCCACUUCUACCCUACUCUCGCCGUUCAUCGGCUGUCAUGUCAUGGCAACUUCUUCAUCGGGGUCCAGCAUUGCAAUAUCUGGUUUCUUCUCUGCGGCAAUUCAGGCAGAAACACUACGAAUUGCCGGUACUACGUAUUGGGCGUGCUCGACAAGAGCACCGGAUAUUUGUCAUGUCGUGCCCCAUCAUGACCCCCAGCUAAAAAGUCCCGCUUUAUUCAAAUUCAUGUAUGGGAGCAAGCUGGGCUGUUUACCUUCAACUAUAAAAACACCCAAAACACAAUUUCCUCUCUGUGGAUCUUGCCAUACCGAGCUCGAUAUGUCGCUUGACCCCGGAUACGUAUUUUUCCCAACAGAUUUACAGUACUUCAUUGAUCUCGAACGCCGAGAUCGUGCUCGCCGAGAACAGAUCGCAACAGAUACUGUAGUCCCUCUCUCAGCCCUUUCGCGGCAGGUACCGACAAGUGCAGACUACAAGCAGCAUGAAAUUGACUUAAACCAAAUAUCGCCCACUGCUAUCGGAGGCCGAUACAAUCGGGUAUUCCUUAAACAAUUCCUCCACAACAGUCAAAUCCCAGGGAUUGAAAAACCUUCUCAACUCCAAAAGAAUGGCACGGUGCUCCCCUUGCGUCUAUUCGUCGUGCGUUUGCCGCCCUUGCAAGUCCGCGUUUCUUUAUCGUCGUUGAUGCCGGUACUCGCCACAUGCUUGAAGAACUACGGCAGCUAUACUUCAGUGACGACCGCAUUUCAUCUGAACAAAUCUCUCUACGUGAUUUGUAUCGGCCACAAGUCCAGACAAUUAGAAGACCAGACGAAUGACGAGUCGGAAUGUUACAACAAAAGAGCCAAAUAUCAGGACACAGGGUUUGCUGGAUCAGCUUCCGCAGUAAACCAGUGCCACGAAGAUACCGACUGGGUUUUGGGUCCCCAGUCGACGACAAAUGACGUCGUCAAGUUGUAUGGGCCAGUUUUUUCCUCAUCCUAG